CACAAUUGUGUGGCUUUAGAUAUCUUCUUCCUUCUUCCUUGUAUAUCGAUCAUGGCUACCCAAUGCUGGUCCGAGAAAACCGUGGCAGUGGUCACCGGUGCUGGCAAGGGAAUUGGCCUGGAAAUCGUGAAAGCCUUGGCAAGCCGAGGUAUCUCUGUUGUUCUGACGCUCCGCGACCAAGUUGCGGCGGAAAAGGUUGCUCAAGAUCUGAUAAGCGCGGAUCCCAAGCUCAAGGUCUACGCCUUCCCUCUGAACAUCACACUUCCGGAAUCUGUGGAAGCGUUUGGAAAGUGGAUCCAAAACAAGUUUGGAGGGAUUGAUAUUCUUGUGAACAAUGCGGGGCUGCUGCUGGAUCCUGUUCAUCACAACCUCGAGGAAGCAAAACCCGUGCUGGAAGUCAAUUACUAUGGCACCAAACGCUUCAUACAGGAGAUGCUCCCACUCAUGAGAGAAUCCGACCAUGGGUCUCGCAUUGUCAACCUUAGCACGCUUGGAUCACGCCUAGACAUCCUCGGCAACGAAUGGAAGGACAAGCUCUCCGACGUGGAAAACCUGAGCGAGGAGCUCAUCGACGACUUUGUGAGCGCAUAUCUGCGUGAUGUCGAGGAAGGCAAGCAAUUCGGCAAAGGGUGGCCGGAGCUGUAUGCAAGAACCGAUUACUGCGUCGCCAAGAUGGCCCUGAAUGCGUACACGCGGCUUGUGGCCCGAGAGACGGCAGCCCAGGGAAGAAAGAUCGGAAUCAACUGCACCUCUCCGGGGCACACAAGUUGCGUUAUGUCAGGCCACACGGGGCAUUCUCCGUCCGAGGGUGCACUCACUGCAGUGUGGCUGGCACUGGAGCCACCGCCGCCCAGCUCGGGUGGCUACUUUGUGGAUCGCAAGAGCGUGGGAUUUGUGGAGAUUCCACUCCUCUACCACGGCAAGCUCAUCUAUGAUCCCGAGGGCAUCAAGAAGCACCUCCUGGAUAACGCAAAUUACACGCACCACAAGUGAAAGUGAAAGUUCAGCAGAAUUCGUUGUCUGUCUGGGUGCAAGGUGUGUACAAUAUGCAAGUAAUGUAAAUUUGUGGGGUGAUUAUUCAGU